AUGGCUUCCAACGGAUCCGAAUCGCCAGACGAGUCGUUCUUCAACGACCUGUCCCAACAAGCGCAAGACCCGAAUGCUACCAACGGUCAGGAAACGCAACAGGAUGGAUCAAGCAAGGUCAAGAGAAUUGCCUGUGUUCUGUGUAGGAAGCGGAAGUUGCGAUGCGACGGCACCCGGCCAACAUGUUCGACCUGUAAACGUCUGAACCACGAUUGCGCAUACGACGAAGUACGCAAGAAAAGUGGACCCAAGCGCGGCUAUGUCAAGCUGCUCGAACAACGGCUGCGUAAGUUGCGCAUACUUCUGCUGGUGGAUGGUACUGACUCAUGGGAUACAGAGCAAGUCGAGACCCUCCUCAAGACCCAAGACACGACCGACCCGAGCAAGGAAGCCCCGCGCCAGGACGCCUCUUCCACAUACGUUGCGAAUACCAUAAGUCAAUCGCUGCCGAAUUCUACAAAUGUUCCCAAUACAGCAGGCAAUACUCAGUCGAGAAUUACUGGUGCAAGCCCAUUCCAAAAUACCGGUACAAGCGGAAAUGAUGCGGAGGACACCUCGUGGGAGAUGAUUGGGCUUGGGCUCGAGGAACCUCUACCUCCUCAAGAAAUCCAGGACGAUUUACCACGGUUCAUGGCCGCUCUGAACCUGGCUCCUCAUAUGCGACCGCCGGUUUGUCUGCGAUAUAUCAUGUGGACCCUAGCCGCUUCCAUCACAGACAAGUAUGAGGCGUUACAAGAACAUUUCUACCAACGUGCUAGGAAAUAUGCGCAGAUGGAUGAGAUGAGAGGCCACGGAGAGUCGACCAUCACCCUUGCGCAUUGCCAGACAUGGGUUUUGAUGGCUACGUACGAGUUCAGACAGAUGUACUUCCCAAGAGCCUGGAUGUCAUCCGGGAGAGGUUCAAGACUAGCCCAGAUGAUGCAGCUGCAUCGCCUGGACGGAGUUGGACUAGAUGUAAAGCAAUGCUUGGCUCCACCCAAGGAUUGGACCGAGCGUGAGGAACGGCGGAGAACCUUUUGGCUAACCUUUUGCAUUGAUCGAUACGCGAGUAUUGGAACUGGCUGGCCCAUGACCUACGAUGAGAAAGACAUCAUGACAAACCUGCCAGCAAGCGAAGAAGCGUUCGACAAGAGUAAGCCCAUGGAUACUGGAUCACUGGACCAAUUACUCAAUCCUAAUGGCGUGCAAAACCUUCAACCACUUGGCGGUAUCGUCCUUACAGCUGCAAUGUUUGGCCGUAAUCUGCUUCAUUUACAUCGACCACUGUCAGAUGACAACGAGAACGAUAUCAAUGGCGGAUUCUGGAAUCGACAUCGAAGCAUCGAGCGUAUACUUCUGCAGACCUCGCUGAGCCUGCCGGAUAGCAUCCGCCUGCCAUCCGGUAUAGCCGAACCCAACGUAGUGUUCACGAACAUGUGCAUACAUACGUCGGCAAUAUGUCUUCACCAAGCAGCCAUCUUCAAAGCAGACAAAUUCCGGCUACCAGCAAGCGUCAGCAAUGAAAGCAAGAUUCGUUGCGUAACAGCAGCAGCCGAGAUUGCUUCCAUCAUGCGGAUGAUCAGUCAUAUGGACCUCGGUUCAGCGAUGGAAGCUCUUCGACGGAAGAACCCACUCACAGAGUCGUUCUUGGUGCAAUUAGAUCUUGAUCUAGAGGGUGCAGGUCUGCAGGGCAUGCGUCAUCAGCCAUACACACAGCCCACGCGCAAACCUACCAUCAUUUCGAUCCAUUCUGAUCCGCAAAUCGCCUGCAGUCCGUUAAUCAAUAUACGCGAACCGAAUCAACCUGCCGCACCCCCCACUCAAGCCUUCGCGCCCGCCGGCGGCUUUACUUUCCAGGACAACGAGAUGGACCUCUCCGGAGGCGAUAGGGGUGUCGAUCAGCCCAGCCCCGCCACAAUAAGCUCACAGUCAAGAGGAGGCUCGACGUCACAUUCUUCUUACUCACCAGGCCAACCAAUCGAACACAACAUGCCAUACCGGGCAUCUCCAAAGAUGACGGGGCCAGGCUCUGGCAGCGUCUUCCCAGACCUCGCAGCUAAUGGAGGAACAUUUCCUACAAAUGGCUUCAAUCUACCUAGAAACAUGGGCAACGAAGCUUAUACUGAUGGCUUCGUAAUGGGUAACGAAUGGGAAUACGCAGCGUUGAACGCGGGGACAGGCCUGACGCCCAUGGCAGACGCGUCCUGGGAUUCGAUGUUGGAAAGCGUCACGAUGGGAUGGGAUUCAGUUGGCCCUGGGCAUGAGAAUCAACCGAAUGCUGCUGGAGUAUGA